AUGGGAGCCCGCAGCCGGCUGAGCCCCCGGGCGGCCCACUGCAGCAUCUCCCGCUCCUUCUGGGCCGGGCGGUCCAGCCACUCGGUGGCACCGGUGGUGGCCGCCGCCGAGCCGAGCCCCUCCAAGGUGCUGCCCUUCGAGGCGAUUCCCCGCAGCGGCCACAACGCCUGGCUCCAGCUCUACCACUUCUGGAGGACCAACAGCUUCCAAAACCUCCACUACAUCAUGCAGAAGAACUUCCAGCGCUUGGGACCCAUCUACAGGGAGACGGUAGGCACCCACAACAGUGUCAACGUGCUCCUGCCCCAUGACGCAGCCCAGCUCUUCCAGUCGGAGGGGAUCUACCCACGCCGCAUGGGCAUCGAUUCCUGGAUCGCCCACCGGGUACUGCGGAACCACAAAUCCGGCGUCUUCCUCUUGAACGGGGAAGACUGGCGCACCGACCGGCUGGUCCUCAACAGGGAGGUGAUCAGCCCCGCGGGCACCGUCAAAUUCCUGCCCUUCCUCAACACCGUGGCAGAGGACUUUGUCGAUUUCAUGCACCGGCGGGGGAGGGAGAACACGGCGCGCCUGCUCACGGUCGACCUUUACCAUGACCUCUUCCGAUUCACCUUGGAAGCCAGCAGCUACGCCUUCUACGGGGAGCGCCUGGGCCUCCUGGAGGAGAGCCCCAGCCCGGACUCCCAGCGCUUCAUCCACGCCUUGGAGACCAUGCUGCAGACCACCUUGCCACUGCUGUUCAUCCCACCGGGGGUCAUGCGCUGGGUCAACCCCAAGAUCUGGCAGGACCACAUGGACGCCUGGGACACCAUCUUCCAGCACGCGGACAAGUGCAUACAGAACAUCUACCAGGAAUUCUGCCUCGGGAAGCCCCGCAAGUACUCCGGGAUCAUGGCCGAGUUGCUUCUCAAUGCCGACCUGCCCCUGGACGCCAUCAAGGCCAACAUGACGGAGUUCACGGCGGGUGCGGUUGACACCACAGCCAUGCCUCUGCUCUUCACCCUCUUUGAGCUGGCCCGCAACCCACACGUCCAGACAGCGAUUCGGGAAGAGAUCCAGGCUGCCGAGGCCCACGGGCCCAAGGAAGUCUCCAAGCUCCUGAGCUCCCUGCCGCUCCUCAAGGCGGCCAUCAAGGAGACUCUCAGGCUCUACCCCGUGGGCAUCACUGUCCAGCGCUAUCCGACGCAAGAUGUGGUGAUUCAGAAUUACUACGUGCCGGCUGGGACGCUGUGCCAGGUGGGGCUCUAUGCGAUGGGCCGCAGUCCAGAAGUCUUCCGUGACCCUGAGGUCUACAACCCCAAGCGCUGGCUGGGCAAGGAAGACAACAGCUUCAAGGCCCUGGCCUUUGGCUUUGGUGCACGGCAGUGCAUCGGGCGGCGCUUGGCCGAAGCAGAGAUGACCCUCUUUCUCUUCCACAUGCUGCGGAACUUCAAAAUCGACACCGUUUCCAAGGCAGACAUUAAAACCGUUUUUGGCUUCAUCCUCAUGCCGGAGAAGCCCCCCCUGCUCACCUUCCGGCCCAUUGACUAG